GCACCACCAGCAACAGCAGCAGCAGGAUUACUUCCGAUCCGUCAGCAGCGAGUCCACCACCUACAUGAUGGUCCCGACCGGGGGUCCGAGCGGGCCGGGGCGCAAGGAGGCGCCGUCCAAGAUGUGGCUGGCCAUGGUGGUGAUUGUGGUGGUGGUGCUGCAGAUAGCCUCCACCACCGGGCUCUUUGUCUACCUGAACAUGUCCAUAUCACAGGUGCGUAGCCAAGGAGUGACGGAGGAGUUAAAGUGUCUGAGUUUACUGAACGCUCUGGAUAAAGACCAGGACAUCCCAGACCAGCUGGCCCAGCUCUUUGGGGAGCCCUGCAUCAAACUGGCCGAAGGCAUCAAGGCCUAUAUCUCAAAGGUGACGGAGAACAUCAUCUCCAAACAAACCUUCAUCGAGGCGAGAACGAUGCCUCGCACUUUCAACAACUCAAAGUUCAUGAGCUCUGCGGCCCAGAGGCCGUCGGCCCACCUGACUCUCAGAGACACCAGCUCUCAAGGGGUCUCACCAUAUUCCCAUAUUCCCUCACCGGGUCUCCACCAGUCCUGUCGUCACGUGGUCCGCUCGUGGGCCAACCAGAGCUUUGGCGCUCACCUGCACAACAUGAGCCUGAGCAACGGGAAGCUGCGAGUGCCGCAGGACGGGCGCUACUACCUGUACUCCCAGGUGUAUUUUCGGUAUCCGUCCCCAGCAUCGAGUGACGGGGACCAGCGCAGCGUCAGCCACCAGCUGGUGCAGUGUGUCUACAAGAAAACCUCCUACCCAAGCCCCAUACAGCUCCUGAAAGGUGUGGGCACCAAGUGCUGGGCUCCGGACGCCGAAUACGCCCUGCACUCCGUUUACCAGGGAGGACUGUUCGAACUUAGGGCUGGCGACGAGCUCUUCGUCUCCGUCUCGUCUCCCACGAUGGUCAACGCAGACGACUCCUCCAGUUACUUUGGUGCCUUCCGUCUGGAUCUCUAAAACCACRCGGUGGGAGACAUUGGAGGGGACUGUGGAUGUGGUGCCUUUUGAACAUGCAUUGAUUCUAAGAAGUGUUCUCCUGGAUCGUAGAUCCUCGUUGUGUGCCUGGACUAGAUACACUGAAGAAGGAUGGACUAAACACCCUGAGUGAUGGAACACUUAGAGGAUUGAAUGAAAGGAAACAAAAAUAGAUUCGUCUUUUCUACUUUCUAUUAAAAGAAAACAACAAACCGUUGAGAUUUUACAAAAACGUGCAAUCAUAAAAUGUGAGAACUUGAGUUGAGGGAAUUUUCAGUUUGGAUCCUACCUUAGACGAGGGUCACAACAAUAAAUUCGAAAAUCCCGUUCUCUACAUCCCAAAUAACUCUUUUCAAGCAUCUUUUCUAGUUAUCCCUAGUUUUCAAUGAGAAGCAAUCGGACGCUUGGAUUUCCGAACCAAAGAAUGUACACCAGUCUUCUGCAUCAAAGAUGUGAAGAAGGACUGUCAUUGAAGAAAAUGUUCAGACCAAAGCAAAUUUUUGUUGUUGUUGUUGUUGUUGAGUGUACUUUUUCUAUGCGUGCCAUGAGAGUGCUGUACAUACAUAGACUUUAGAAUAGACUUAAGACCUGUGGUAAUUUUUUGAAAUCUACUUCUUGUGUAUUUUCCUUUGACUGGACUCCAAACCACUCGGUCUUAUCUGUAGACCAUCUUCUCUCAGCACUACAACUGUGGAUUUUAUAGCAGAGGGCAAGGGUUCCCCCUGUUUGGAUACUGAAAAAGUAAAAAUAAAGCGAGAACUUUU